AUGGCCUUAACGAGCGACGAUGCCCUACCUUCGAGGCUCUAUCAAUAUCAUGACCUCAGUCGUCCCGGGCGUCCUUCCACCCGCUCUGGCAUAUCCCACUACAUAUUCCGUCGCCAAUUCAUUGCUUCGUGUGCCGCGCUUGCAAUCGUCUCUGUCGCUGCUCUCGCCCUCCUUACACUCGUAACCACUCCCACUCAGCUCCAGUCGUUUCUCACUGCUGCUCCUGUCACAGAAGUCGAGGAUGCACAGUCCUACCUCUUGGGGCCACCCACCCAGAGCUUGAGAGACAACCUGCGGAACGACACAAAAUACAUCACCUCGUGGUUGAACGCAGGAUGGAUUUCAUUCCAUCCCAUAUCGGCCCGGAGGCACCUACUUUACCCUUCGGCCAUGUUUUUGACGUCCCACGUCCUCAGCAAAGCUCUCAGGAUCCCUGUUCUAGAGUGGGAUCAAGUCAAGGACGUCAACAGCAGUUCCCUCGACGAACUCGGGUGCUGGGCGGUCUGGCCGAUCGUUGAGCAAGGGGCACCACCGCGCGAUAGCUUCCCUCAUUCCAAAGCUAAAUCUGGGCAACUCGCCCGUCUGGCAUAUCCGGAAGCUCGGGAGACUGCAAUUAGUCAACCUCCCGACCCCUCUCCGCAACAUCAGGUAUCCCUCCCUCCAGACGAUCAUCUUCUUUGUUAUGAUUACCUGUAUUACACGGCGGUGACAAGCGCAUGGGAAUGGAAUUGGGAUUACAGCCCGGUGUGGAGGUUCGUUGGAAAACACAUGCACUGGAACGCAACGCUCGAGAAGCUUGCGGACGAGCACGCCAGACGAGCUAUGAACAUUUCAGAUGGCGAGCCGACCCCCCCUUUCAUCUCGAUUCAUAUGCGGCACGGCGACUUCCGCAUUUACUGCAACGAAUUUUCUGAUGAUCAGUGCUUCGUGCCACUACCCGCAGUCGCUCGGCGAGUUGCAGAGGUACAACAAGAACUCUUCGACAAAAAGGGUAUUAACGUUUCACACGUCAUCAUGACGAGUGACGAAAGAGAUCCCAAUUGGUGGGCUGAAGUCCGCAAAUAUGGAUGGACUUGGGUAGAUUACGCGGCCGAACGAACUGUGGAAAAAUACGGCAGGUGGUAUCCAGUUCUAUUGGACGCCAUUCUGCAGUCCCGUGGGGCCGGCUUUGUCGGUACAGAAUACUCAACGAUGUCCCUGCUCGCGUUACGCAGAGUGCAAGACUGGGAUGACGGUGCUGUGCGGAUGGCCAAGUGGGGUAGACCAGGUGCCGAUGACCAUUGA